GAAAUACGAUUUAUCUCUGGGAGUUCUUACUAGCACUACUCCAGGAUAAAGCUACGUGUCCCAAAUAUAUCAAAUGGACUCAAAGAGAGAAGGGCAUUUUCAAAUUGGUAGAUUCCAAGGCUGUCUCCAGGUUGUGGGGAAAACACAAAAACAAACCUGACAUGAAUUAUGAAACAAUGGGUAGAGCUCUCAGAUACUAUUACCAAAGAGGAAUACUGGCUAAAGUGGAAGGUCAGCGCCUAGUAUAUCAAUUCAAAGAAAUGCCAAAAGAUCUCGUCUAUAUAGACGAUGAAGAUGCGAGCCCUAGCACUGAACCAUCAGAUGCAACUCUGCUCUCAACUCCUGUGGCCAACAGAAACCAGUCCAACAGAUCUAGAGCAUCUGCGAAUGCGGGAACAAAGGGAGGAUCCACCCCAGUGCUAAAAACAGGAAACGUGAAGCCUGCUAAGCUGAAGGAGCACGUAGAAGUUGUACAGCAGCAGACACCUGGCUUGACUUCAGAAGUUUUCAGGACAAUGCAAUCUCCGCAGCCGGUACAUCCCACUCAGCUUUUUCGGACAGUUCAUGUAAUGCAGCCAUUGCAGUCCCUCACAGAAGGACACGCAGCUGUAACCGGUAAUGUUCCGGAUGAAACGUUAAGUCCCUCGGUUCAGAAUAUCAGGUAA